UUGAUAGUGUAAUGAUUGGUUUAUAAUUGGAAUAUAGUCAGUGAAAUAGAACUUGUGAAGUUAAGUGCUGUGAUUAACAGCAACUAAGCACUGAACAAAGAAAAUAGUUUUCACAUUUCACGUGUGUGUGUGUGUGUGUGUGUGUGUGUGUGUGUGUGUGUGUGUGUGUGUUAUUUCUGUUUAGCACGAGUGGACAUGAUCACACUUCAUGCAAAAGGAUGGAAUCAGCUGAAAAAGAAAAGCCUCCACGUGUACUUGUCUCAGCGAUACUUAAAGACUGUGCAAAAGACGAAAGAGGCCAAAGAAGAUAUUGAGGCUGUGAAAGCAAGCCUGGCCAGGUCAAAUGAGGAGCUGCAGCAAUGGGUCUGUGAUGUCAAGCAGUGGGCAACUCAAGUUCCUGAUGGCAACAGAAUGAAUGAUUCCGUGGGUUUGCAGAAUUUGAUCGAAGGGCUGUAUGUUGGCAUUCAGCAGAAAAAGAGAGAUUUGUACCGCAUGACGGAUCGCAACAAGCAACGGCAUAAAAUAAGACGCCGAAUAGUAGAAGAGAAGAAGAAAUUAUCUGAUGCUGUUUGUCAGUAUAAUUCUCUGGAAAGCUCAACAACAGCUUUGAAGUCUGUCGAUGAAUUGCUUGCUGCAGAAAGACCGAUCUGGCCAUGGGAAUGUGUUGAUGAUUCAUCAUUGGGCCUGAAAAAGUCGGUGUUUGACAAACUGAUGCAGUUGGACAGACUCGAGGAAGAAGAGGCUAUACUUGUUGAAGAAAUGAAAAGGCACUGGAAUCAAAUCUGCAGAACUAUAAAAAAUGUAAACGAUCAGGCUGAUGCAUUGUCGGAUAGCCUGUCCACCAAAACCUAUCCACCAGGACUUUCAGAGUCAGCAUACUGUGGGUUGCUGUCUGUUCUUCUGAGGCAGCUCCAUGAACUUAAGGCAGAAAAAGAAGCGGUGAAGGAGACAUACCACAAAAUAGUGACUGGAUGGGAUGGCUUGCCUGCUCUUGAAGAGGACGAGGACUGCUAUGAAAGCCAAUCAGUUGACUCAAGUGACUCGUGUGAUUCAACAUGUGACAAAGACUGACUGAGUGUGUGUGUGUGUGUGUGUGUGUGUGUGUGUGUGUCUGUGUGUCUGUGUGUCUGUGUGUGUGCGUGUGCGCGUGUGUGUGUGUGUGUGUCUGUGUGUGUGCGUGUGUGUGUAACUGUGACCUUUUCUAAUCUGGUGGCUUAAAUUUUUAACUGUUCAUUUUUUCAUUAUUAAGUGUUAGUUAAAUAGGUAUUAGCAGUAAAAUCUUAAGUACCCUUUUGAAGUAAUUUUAUUCAUUUUAAAACCAAUAUGUGUGUCAUAUAAUGU